AAAACAAGAUUACCCACGAAUAAUAGUAUUACACAACUAAUUUGUUCUGCCUAAAUUUGAAGUUUUAGCUUAAAAAAGAAGCGAUAGUAGAUAUCUCAACAACAGUUAAGUUAAUUUGACAUAAACUUAUUGUAUUCCUUUCGGAAUGCAAAAGGUGGGUUGGUUAUGGAAAAGAUCUAUAAAACUCACCAUAUGUGAUGACAUUGGAGGGAGGUCCUAUGAUGUCACUGAUAUUGAUGCAAUUCUUGUGCUGAUGCUUAUAAAGCUUCCGGCAGUAGGUGGAGAUGCUCUUCGAAAGCAAGACAAGAUUGAUGUAGAUAGUCAAUGCAGCAAAACAUUUGUAGAGAAGCUUGCACUCCAAGUAUUUAAUGGAAAUGUUCAACAAUUCGGUUGGACUGCACUGGAGAGGCCUCCUAGAUGAUGGAUGUUGUGGUGUCCGCUUUCGAAAUCAGAACUCUUGUGAAGCUUGAAUUGAAGGUAAGAAUAUUUCCAGGGCUAGAACUCAAUCCUCCUUAGUGAUUAUGAAUGACAUAAAUGGAGGACAAAGGUGGUGAAUGUUCUGAAAAAGACAACACCAUUAAAGAGUUUAAGUUACACCAAACAAAGAAUGCUUCCUGCUGUUACCAUGGAAUUAGUUGGCUUACACUUCCCAAGCUUAUACUCUAAUUCUAAAGCCACACCACAUAUUUUGGGUUUGAUCAUUCUUUCUACUUAGUCCUCAAAAUACGAAUAGAUGGUAAUUCAUUAUAAGUAACUAAUUUAAUUGUAUAAUUUUGA